AUGUCUCCGUCCUGCGCGACAGACGAUUCCUCAGAGCGCGAGGCUCUAUUGGUGGCCACUCAGGUGGCCACCCAGCCCAGCGAAGUCGCCUGGGUAGCCCCUCGACAUUUCGCCUGGAUCGAGAUGGCAAUCAUGUCGAAUGUCUUUCUCUACGGCUUCGACGGUACCAUCACAGCCGCUACAUACGCGACCAUCAGCUCCCAGUUCGAUGCUGCCAAUAGUGCUUCCUGGUUGACCACUUCGUACCUCGUAACGAGCACAGCCUUCCAGCCUCUGUACGGUCGCGUGUCCGACAUAUUCGGUCGUCGCAUCUGUUUCUUCAUCUCCACCAUCACUUUUGCUCUGGGCUGUCUCGGCUGCGGCCUUGCCAAUGAUAUUGUCCUGCUCAACUGUAUGCGGGCCUUGACAGGCUUUGGUGGUGGCGGACUCAUGACCAUGGCAACCAUCGUCAACUCUGAUAUGAUUCCAUUCCAGAAGCGUGGCAUGUACCAGGCUUUUCAAAAUGGGAUGUUUGGCUUUGGUGCGAUAUGCGGUGCCUCAUUUGGAGGGUCCAUUGCUGAUACUAUCGGGUGGCGGUGGUGCUUCUUGCUGCAAGUACCCAUCUCAGCAAUAGCCUUCGUACUUGGCUGGAUGGUGAUCCAGAACCCGCUGAACGAUCACUUCGCCAGCGCAAGCUUCAAGGAGACCUGGCGAAAGGUUGACUUUUCAGGCGCGCUCCUCUUGGUCGUCGCCAUCUCGGUCCAGCUUGUGGGCUUGAGUCUGGGUGGCAACGAGCUGCCGUGGGACAGCCCAUGGGUCAUCUCAUCAUUGCUUGGGAGUGUUGUACUCCUAGGUGCUUUUCUUGUGGUCGAGUCAAAGACGACAGCCAUACCAGUGAUACCACUUCGCAUGUUGAAGGGGCGGCUGCCCAUCUCAACGCAACUGGCAAAUGUCUGUGUCGGCCUUUCUGCUUACGCUUAUUUGUUCAUGCUUCCCUUAUUCUUUCAAGUCGUUCUUCUCGACUCGGCAACGAAAGCUGGUGCUCGCCUCGCCAUUCCCUCCCUAGCAACCCCAAUUGGAGGUCUUAUCUCCGGCAUUGUCAUGUCUCGAUGGGGAAAGCUCACGGCACUUGUGCGGACAGGUGCUAUACUGAUGGCAGUGGGAAAUGCUCUGGUGACGUCGCUUGGUUUCGUGGACGCGAAUUGGAAGUACUUCGUGUAUAUAUUCCCAGCGAAUCUCGGCCAGGGCAUCGUGUACCCUGGCAUUCUCUUCACCUCGCUGGCUACGUUCGAACAUGCAGAUCAUGCAGUAUGUGCUUCUACGGUCUAUCUUAUUCGAUCUCUAGGCACGGUCUGGGGUGUUUCCAUCACCUCGGCGAUCGUCCAGACGACGCUCAGCACCCGGCUACCGGACGCUUUGAGUGAUGUACCAGAUAAAUGGAGAGUAAUAGAUGAAAUCCGGCACUCGGUGGAAGUCUUGAAGGAACUACCGCCUGAUGUCCAACUCAAAGCCAGGAUGGUAUACUAUGAUGGGCUCAGAUACUCGUUCGCCACCGCGACGGGGAUUGCAGUCAUAGGCUUUUGCGCCGCUUUAUGUAUCAAUGCCCGAGGUUUGCGCAAGACCACCGGCUGA